AUGUCACCGCCGGCGGGCAUGCGGCAUGUACAGGCGGGGCCCGCCUCCACCGCCGCCGCUCCCGCUCCCGACAGUGAGGCAACGCCGCCACACCGUGCUCCAGGGCCCCACCGGGCCGGCAAGCGGAAGGUGGCGCUGUUUGUGGGCUACUCAGGCACCGGCAGGCGAGGGCUGCAGAUGCAGCGCAGCAGCGCCCCAGAGGAGACGAUAGAGGAUGUGCUGGAGGAGGCCAUCUUCCAGGCGGGCGGCAUCCUGCCCUCCAACCGGGGCAACCUGGGCAAGGUGCGUGUGUUUUCCGUCCAGCGCGUCAGCAAGUCGUGGAAUGCUCGCAGGGAGUGCAUCCGGCGCAGCUACAGCUAUUUUGUUCCGGCAUCGGUGCUGGGGCUGGCGCUGGAUGGUGGGAAGGAGGACCAGCGGCGGCUUCAUCUGCUGCAGCAUGCCAGCAGCAAGAAGGGACAGGUGCAGGUGGCCUGGAAGUUUGAGCGGGACGAUGCUGACCCCAUUGUGCGGCGACACUUUCGUUUCAUCGAGUGGUGCCGGGCCGGUACAGAGUUGGAGGUGCUUGUUCCCGGUGGCCAGCCGUGCAUCCAUCUCAGCCUACAGGGCAGCAGCUUCAUGCUGCACCAGAUACGCAAGAUGGUGGGCAUGGCGGUAGCGGUGGCGCGUGGGAACCUGCCAUUGGAGCUGCUGGAGUUCUCGCUGGCCACCCCCGCCCGCAUCAACCUGCCUCUGGCACCGCCCAGCACACUGAUGCUGACGGGAGCACUGUUCAGCCCAUUCAAGCGCAGCUGGUCGGGCCAGGCAGCGGUCGCGGCGCAGUGGACGGGUGAGGUGCUGCAACUCAAGGAGCAGGGAGUUGCAGCACAGCAGCAGUUCCUGCGGGAGGCCAUGCUGCCGGCGCUGGAUUCCCUGCUGGCGAGUGAGGAGUGGCGGCACUGGGAGCUGGACCUGGACAGGCUGUGGUUCGACAAUGCAGAGGUGCAGGAAGUGCUGGAGGGUUUAGACACUAGCUCCAGCGCCUUCAAAGAAGGCCUUUCUUAG